AAAGUACAAUAGCUGCAGACAUGUGACUCGGGUAAACCUAUAGUUUAUUUGUUUAAGCACAACAGAUUAAUAUUUUUCAAACGGGUCCAAAGAUCAAAUGUCAGUGAAUAGUGUUGUACUGCAUUUUACACAGCAGGAAAGGAAGCUGACAAAAGAUAUGUCCCAUUCAGUGAAACACAUUAAAUAGAUUUAUCCUGCUUUUUUUAGCUUCUCAGCAAAUGGCUUCGUUUUCAGACGCCAGUUUACAAACAUGUCAACUCUGCAAGGAGUUUUGUGGCUCCUCUGCUUCGCCAACCUCGUCUUCCUCGUCGCAAACAUCCAGCUCCUCUACUUUAUCAGCCAGAAGGCUGCACACGCUUCCCUGCCUCCAUUCUUUCUGCAGACAGUGCCUGCAAGGGCAACAGAACCCUGGAGAUCCACUGAGACUGUGCUGUCCAACAUGCGAUCCAAAGAGUUCUGGGUCUCAGUGUGGUGCAGGUGCCCUGCCUUCACCCAGCUUCCUCCUUAGCGGACUGCUGGAUGUGAUGGUCUCCACUGUGGAGCAGAACAAACCUGGCUGCAGGAGCAAUAGCAGGCCUCAUGGCAGCCUGCUUGGGUCGCAUCCCUUUGAGGGUCCUUGCUGCAGCUGUUGCGAUGAGGGCAACCGUGCUACCUCACACUGCUUGGACUGCCAGGAGUUCCUUUGCAGCAACUGCGCGCGUGCCCACCGGCGUGUACGCCUGACCAAGGAUCACUUUGUGGAAGGAUUGGUGGAAAGCUUGCCUCACACCUCCUGGAAAAACAACACCAGCACUGCAGUUGACAUCGCCGGUUCCUUUCAUUCUACUUAUCCACCGCUGCCCGUCUUUCAGGACAGGAUAAGUAUCUGCCAACAGCAUGACAACGAAGUUCUCUGCUUCUUCUGUAACACCUGCUCUGCACCAGUCUGCCGAGAGUGCAACGUGGAAUGUCACACAAGCCAUAGGGUGGUCUACCUCCGUGACGCCAUUCAGGAGUGUCGCAAUUUCACCAUCCAGCUGCUAGAUAAUGCCCAGCAAGGCAAACAGGCUGUUCAGCUCAGCAUUGAGAAGGUGCAGGCAAUUGCCAGUCAGGUGGAACUCAAAGCAAAAGUGAUCCAGGCAGAAGUGAAAGCUGUCACUCUGCAGCAUAAGAAGGCUGUGGAUGAGCGUGAGCGUGAGCUCUUGUGGAAGGUUGAGAAAAUCAGGCAGGUCAAGAUCAAGACUCUGUACCUGCAGGUGGAGAAGCUGCGUCAGGCCCUUAAUAAGUUGGACAGUACCACCUCAGCUGUACAGCAGGUUCUAGAGGAUGGCCGGAGCCUGGAGGUGUUGUUAGCCCGUGAGCGCAUGUUAGCACAGGUUGAGGAGCUAAGGGCUCUACGCUGUUUGCUGCAGCCACAGGAGGAUGACCACAUCACAUUUACCCUGCCAGACCAGGCACUGCUACUUUCUGUUCAGUCCCUGGGUCUGGUGAGCAGUGGAUCUUUUGCCCCCCUUACCAAAGCCACUGGUGAGGGCCUGAAGAAGGCAAUAAGAGGCAAGGUGGCCUCCUUCACUGUGGUGGGUUACGACCAUGAUGGGGAGCCCAGGUUAUCAGGCGGAGAUGACAUUUCCAUUGUGGCAAUGGGCCCAGAUGGAAACCUGCUCGCUGUCGAUGUGCUUGACCGCCAGGAUGGCACAUACAUGGUCAGCUACCUGCCCCGGGUGGAAGGGGAACACAUUAUCACUGUGCUCAUCUGCAACCAGCCUAUUGAGGGCAGCCCUUUUAAAGUCAUUGUCAAGUCAGGCCGCAGCUAUGUAGGCGUGGGGAUUCCCGUGGCAUCCUUUGGAGGAGAGGGCGAUAGUGAUGGCCAACUGUGUCGACCUUGGGGCAUCUGCGUGGACAAGGAUGGCUUCAUUGUAGUAGCAGACCGCAGCAACAACCGCAUCCAGAUCUUCAAGCCCAGCGGCACUUUUCAUCACAAGUUUGGAACUCAAGGAUCUCGGCCUGGGCAGUUUGACCGCCCUGCCGGUGUAGCUUGUGACAGCCAGAGAAGGAUCAUUGUGGCCGACAAGGAUAAUCACCGCAUUCAGAUAUUCACCUUUGAAGGACACUUCCUCCUGAAGUUCGGGGAGAGGGGAGCCAAGAAUGGGCAGUUCAACUAUCCUUGGGAUGUGGCCGUUAAUUCAGAUGGUAAGAUCCUGGUCUCAGACACACGCAACCAUCGUGUCCAGCUCUUCAGUCCCAGUGGCAUUUUUCUGAACAAAUAUGGCUUCGAGGGCGCCCUCUGGAAGAACUUUGACUCUCCGAGGGGUGUGGCCUUCAAUCACGAGGGCCACCUGGUGGUGACGGACUUCAACAACCAUCGGCUGUUGGUUAUCCGGCCAGACUGCCAGUCGGCGCGCUUUCUAGGCUUGGAGGGCUCAGGCAACGGACAAUUCCUGCGGCCACAGGGGGUUGCUGUGGACCAGGAGAACCGAAUUAUUGUAGCAGAUUCCCGCAACCACCGCAUUCAAGUGUUUGAGGCUAGUGGUAACUUUUUAUGCAAGUUUGGGUCUCAGGGUGACAGCUUUGGACAGAUGGAUCGCCCAUCAGGUGUAGCUGUUACUCCUGAUGGAAUGAUUGUUGUCGUUGACUUUGGUAACAACCGAAUCCUCAUCUUCUAAACAAUAAUCAGAAAAGAAAGUGUGAAAAAAGACCAUAAAUAUUUUGUAUCAGGGAAGGUUUAGUAUAAUAUGGAAACUGCAUUUUUAAACCUUUGUUAAGGGACAUAUAUUACCUCAAGUACUUUCAGAUUUAAGGAGUUUAGCUAUUUAUAAGCAUUGUAAACUCAUUUCGAUUUUCUCAGGGAAUAUCCUACCUUCUUAAAAUAUUUUACUCUCUGCUUCACACCUACCUCAUGUAUCUCAGGUCUGAAUGUUUUUUUUGAAGGCAUUAGUCUGUAAGUUUUGUAAGGAAAGAAAACUCUCUACCUCUGUUGGUUUUAUUUUUGAUAUGAAGAGUUAUUGUGCAGAUUAAGCAGUUUUAGUCCUGAAUGUCACUAAAAGUGUUAUACCAUGGAUUUAAGAGUUUUAAAGAGUACAUAGAUUUUGAUUGCUAUACUCUUUUUUAUCAUUUACCGUCAAAUUAGCCCAUCUUCUUUAUACCUCAGCAUGACAGACUACUUUAAAUUCACAAAGUAGGAAGUUUGUACUGAAUGUACACAAAUGAAUGUGUAAAUCCUUGCCUUCAAAUAAUCCUGUUCUGUUUAUAUUCUCUUUUACAUUUUUGUGUAAUAGAACUGCAAAAUAGUUUACAUUGAGAAUUAAAAUGUUAUAGUAUGUAUAAACCUGGAGAUAAACCAAAGAGCAAUUCUCACAGCCAUGACAGUUUAAAGAGCAUUAAAUCUGUUUGGUGAUGCAGAAAACAUCCAGUUUAGCACAGGAGCAUUUUGGAUUUAAUCCAAACCUUUACUGCUGAUAUUUCCAUUUAUUUAUAUUCUU